AUGGACGUCAGAGUCGACAGCUGUGCCGCGAGCGAUUCAGGUAGCUCCGCGGAGGAUCGGGAGAUCGUGGCUAAGCAGGUCUCUCUCCUCCGUGAAGGAGGUAUUGAUGUGCCGUCCAGUUCAACAACCCGCCAGCCCGUGUACUUCGAGCGCUUCCGCUUAGGAGCCUUGAUUGCGCAAGUGGAGAUCUUAAUGCCCAUGAAGAGCAAGCUUCUGAAAAAGAAGCAGGCCAAUUCGGGAGGCGCCGCUUCCAUGUUCGAGGACGAGGACGAUGAGCAGGACGUGCAGAUGCUUCAGUCGAUGUGGCUGUCUCGAGUUCUGGCGCGGCUCACCCACCGAUCACACGGCUUGGUCAAGAAGGUGCUCAUCGUGGCACAGAAGGGCCUGCUCUUCGUGGUCACCAGCGUAGGCAGCGGCGUGCUGUCUGGAGUGGGGCACAUGACGCCGCGAUUUGCUUUCCCUGAGACGGUCUUUAGAGACACCUUGGAAGAAUUGAUGCCUUUCUUGUCCAGCUUGGUGCGCGAGUACGUGAAGACGGGCAUGUAUCAGUUCUGGAAGGUCCUGUUCAGCAUCAACCUGCUGGGUGAUCCUGUUGGCCUGACGACCUCCGUCACAGGCGGCGUGAUGAAGUUCUUCAGAAAGACGGGCAGCGAGGUCAUUGCCGGCGAUCUGAAGGGGGAGGGUCUCCUCAGCCUUGCCCAAGGAGUGGUUGGUGGCACUGCUGCCACUGCCGGAAAGUUCUUUGGAGCUCUAGGCGAUACAGUUGAUGCGCUGGCCCAAACUGGUGGAGACCAAAAUCGCCAUUACCAGCCUGGCACCAUGAAUCAUGUUGGUGAUGGUCUGAGCGCCGGUGCGCAGGUCUUCUUGCAUGGCGCCACUUCUGGAAUCGCCGGCCUCGUGCAGGCCCCUGUGCAAGGCUUCCAACGCAAAGGAAUGGUUGGCCUGGCCACCGGUAUGCUGAAGGGUGCGGCGGGGCUCGUGGCCAAGCCGGUCAGCGGGCUGAUGCAUGGCGUGCAGCACGUGGACGCCAGGUUGCAACACCGCUGGGUAGGGGGACCUUAA